AUGGAAGGUGCACCAAGAGGACGUGGUAGAGGGCGCGAACGUGGCCGUGGGCGCGGUAGGGGAUUUGUACCCGAAGAGCCUAUUCCACAAGUAGCACCAAAUCGCACAGCCGAGGAAAAGUUUCGCAAGGAAAAACCUCCAACGUUUGAUGGAUUGGGCGAACCUGCGGAUGCCGAGAAAUGGGUUAGGGCAAUAGAACGGAUCUUCAACUACAUCCGUUGUGAUGAUGAGGAUAAAGUGGCGUGCGCAAUUUAUCAGUUGGUGGACGAAGCUGACUUUUGGUGGGAGUCAGUGAGGCGGACAAUGACUGACGAACAGUGGGAGAAUUUCACAUGGGAAGAAUUCAAGGCUGAAUUAUAUGAGAAGUAUAUACCAGGAUGUUACCGACAGAAGAAACAGAAUGAGUUUUGGAAUCUGAGACAGAAAACGGGAACUGUGACCGAGUACGACAGGGCAUUCAAUCAGCUAUCAAGAUAUGCUCCGACGUUGGUGGAUAGUGAUGAGAAACGCGCAGAGAAGUUCAGAAACGGACUGCGUCACGAGAUAGCGAUUUCCCUAGCAAGUCAAGGAGGUCUCACCUACGCGCAGACAUUGAGCAGGGCUCUUACUAUUGAGUCAUUGUUGCCAAGGGAAAAAGGAAAAUCCCUCGAGCAGUCUGGAUUUGUACCAUCUCAAGAUGGUAGUAAGGGAAAGAGAAAAUGGAAUGAAGGAACUGGUGGAAACAUUGGAAAUGGGAAGAAACCAUGGGUGGCGAAUCAAAAUCAGAACCAACAUCAAAAUCCACAACCUCAAGCAAUGGUUCAAACUCCUUGCCCAAAGUGUCAAAAACUCCACCUGGGAGAAUGUCUGAAAGGAAUGAACGUCUGCUAUAACUGCGGGGAGGCCGGGCAUUAUGUCUCGACGUGUCCAAAGAAGGGAGGAAGAGCACCACAACAACAAAAUCCCGGGAACCAACAGCGACAAAACCAAGGUCCUAGAGGAAAUCAGGGGCAACCACAAUACGCUAGGGCCUAUGCCAUUAACCAACACCAAGCAGCGGGAGAUCACGGAAACCUGGCAGGUACCAUUAUGUUUUCGACAUGUCGAUUAUAG